AGAGCAUGUUCACUUUUUCCGUGGAUUUCCCAUCUAAAUGGGAACAACUGAGUGAUAUCGUCUUCCGACUCAUUCGAUGCAAGGCUGUGAGUCGCGAUGACUGGAACGCCAGUUUCCUUGAUGUCUAUGCACUGUGCAACUCAAGACCGGUGUCUCACGCACCAGCGUUAUACUCUUCCACUGGCACUCUUAUCAUUGACCGGGUGAAAGAAGUCACUGAUGAUCUCUCCCAGCUUGAUGACAUAGAUUUGCUUCCUGCUUACGUGCGUAACUGGGAGGUAUUUCAUCAGGGUAUCACACACCUGGAUAACUUAUACCGGUAUGUAAAUCAACAGUAUGUGAAAUCCUUGAGACCCACGGAAGCUGAGAUGUGUUACAGUGCCGUUUUACCAAUGGCAGAACGACAUACGAUGGAGAUUCUGGAAAUCGGUUUGGCCAGUUGGAAGGCUUACCUUGUGGAUGUGAUCAAAGACCGUUUAUCGACCUGUCUCAUGCGCGAGGUUCUGAAUGAUCGCAUGGGGAUCAUCGGACAGCAGAACUGCAUUGCCCCGGCUAUUGAUUCCUUUCGAAGGAUAAGUGAACUGAGGGAUGCUGAAAAGAUUUCCAUGGAUAUGUACAAUAGAAUAUUCCAACUGCCGUUGUUGGAAACAACCAAGACGUUUUAUUCCAAUUGGGCCGAAAAGCACGAAUCGGAACAUCCCUGUUUGCAGUACAUAACAGACGCUCUUGCACUCCGCACCGAAGAAGAGAACCGAACCAGGCGUUACUAUCCAUGGUCAGUUGAGAAGAUCAAAUGUUUGUUCCAGGAGAUUAUUGUUGCUGCACGCCUGCCUUUCCUGAACGAUAGUGUGCGCGAUGUUGUGGCGCGGGAAGACAAGCUCGGGCUGCACAACCUAUUCCAACUUCUUUCACCCGGUAACCUCUGCGCUGAACUCUCCCACUGUUUUGGACAGCACAUCAUGGAUCUGAUUCGCGAAUCGAUUGCCAAUCAACCACAGGACAUUAAUCUCGCUCCCGCGCAUUUUGUCGAAGGCCUCUUGUCUAUCCGAAACCGAUUUGUGCAGUUCAUCGACGACAUCUUCGACGGAAUGAGCCUGUUCCGCAAUCAAAUGGACAAGGCGUUCAAUAAGGCUGUGAACGAACGGGGUGGUGCCACAACCUCUUCGAAACCAUUCACUCCGCGACCAUCAGAAUUACUCAGCCGAUACAUGGACUCGUUACUACGAAAAUAUUCGAAACUUCUAUCCGAAUCCGAUUUGGAGUCGAAAAUUGCCUCUUCUAUUGACAUUUUCAAGUACAUCGAGGACAAAGAUGUGUUUCAAAAGUACUACCAACGCAUGCUUUGCAAGCGGCUUAUCUCCAAUGUGCAGCCUGUGAUGGAACUGGAAGAACUCGCAAUAAACCAACUGAAGGCGGUAUGUGGCUACGAGUUCACCGCGAAAUUCCAGCGUAUGUUCAACGAUGUCCAACUGGCCCCGGAACUGAACGCUAAAUUCACACAAUAUUUGGAAGCGAACAAUAUUCAUCUCAGAAUCGAUCAUCAUUUCAACGUACUCACACAAUGCUCCUGGCCUAUUACUCCAGUCGGCACCGCUGAGUUCAGGCUCCCUGAUGAACUACAACUAUGUAAUACGCACUUCGAGGCCUUCUAUUGCCAAGCACAUCAAGGUCGGAAAAUGCGUUGGGCCCAUCACUAUUCUAUCGCUGAAGUCGCUAUGCUGUUCACCGAGAAGCCCUACCAGCUGCAAGUUCCGGCAAUCUGCGCCUCGAUUCUACUUUACUUUGAUUCGGUCGAUUCAGAUGUGAUCCAACUACGAGACUUACGCUCCAAUGUGUUGCCCUCCCAGGCGGAGCCACAGGCGUCCGGCUCCGAUGGAGGAAGACACAUGCCCGCCGAUCCCACCGCCAUCAUCACCACCACGGGAGACACAAUGGACACAUCAUUCGGCUGCGUCAACUCAUUCGAUCAACUCGAUCGAAUCCUCGCUCCGUUGCUUGAUUUGCGCGUGGUGCUUUUGGAUCCAGAGAUUAGGAGUCAUGCGGAUAUCAAGCAACUUCCGCUGGAUUCUCGGAUCAUUUUGAACCGUGGCUUCAUAAGUAAGCGAUUGAAGUUGAAGGUGAAUUUGAGCUCCCAAAGCAAAGAGACCACACAGGCGGACGCCGAACAGAUGGAUCGACAAGUGAACGAGGAUCGGCGCUAUUUCAUCCAAGCCGCUAUAGUACGUAUCAUGAAGACAAGGAAACAGAUCGACCACACAAGUCUCAUCAAAUCGGUGCUCCAACAGGCUGGCAGUAGAUUCCAGCCGUCUGUACCUUUGAUCAAACGCUGCGUGGAAAGUCUCAUAGAGAAGGGUUACAUUGAACGCAGUCCCGACGAUGCGGACCAAUACAGCUAUCUUGCCUGAAUUGGCAUACCCUAAAUUUUCAGUCUUGUAAAUAUCUCAUUUUCAUUGAUAUGUCAGAAUGAACAACGUGCAGAAUAUCAGCAGUUUGGUAAAUAUAUGUGCUUUAUUAACAUGG